CUUCCCUUUUCGGUUGGGGGGCUCACUGUGCUGGCCUUUAUGCCCAUGGGUUAUGGUCUGAAUCUGAACGUGAGGAACAUAUUAAUGUUCUUGAGUUACGGGCAAUUUUAUAUGCAUUGAUCUCCUUUACAGAUGUCGUGCGGAACAAGUCCGUUCAGGUCCUGACCGACAACACGACGGCGAUGUUUUACAUCAACAAGCAAGGUGGCACGGCGUCUGUGGCUCUCUGCACAGAGGCGAUGAGACUCUGGAAGUGGGCCAUAGAUCAUGCGGUCUGGCUGCAUGCAGUUCACAUCCCGGGGGUGCAGAAUUCCAUGGCGGACCACCUGAGCAGGCUCCACAGGGAAAACUACGAGUGGUCCCUCCAGGACAAGUAUCUCGCCCCUAUCUUCUCGGAAUGGGGGACUCCAGAGUUGGACCUGUUUGCGACUGUGGAAAAUCGCAAGGUCCUAGCUUAUUGUUCCAGAGGAGGAGUAGGCCCAGAAUCAAGUGGGGACGCGUUUCAGUUAAGUUGGUCAGGUCCCCUGUGUUAUGCCUUCCCUCCGUUCCCGCUUCUGGCACGGGUCCUCAGCAAGAUCCAGAGGGACAGAGCGUCCGUCAUCCUGGUGACCCCGUAUUGGCCGAGGCAACCAUGGUUUCACUCCCUUCUGAGUCUACAGACUCAAUCGAUCCGUCUCCCGGUGGUUCCCGAUCUCCUGACCUGCGGGGGGGUUCUUCACCACGACAUCAGGAGACUCAAACUCACAGCGUGGUUGAUCAGGCCGGGGCUGCCUUCUCCGAGGCUGUGACUAAUGUUCUCUUAAAUGCUAUACGUUUGUCUACCAGGCAGUCUUAUGCCCUUAAGUGGGACAAAUUUUCUGUGUGGUGUAGUCGCAGGGGUUUGGAUCCUUUUGAGUCCACCCUUUCUGAGAUUUUGGACUUUUUGUGGGAGGUAAAACAGGAGGGUUUGGCCAACUCCUCAGUCAAGGUUUAUCUGGCAGCCAUCUCUGCUUUUCACCCUCCAGUGGAUAGAAAGUCUGUUUUUUCCCACUAUUCUGCCAAAUUAUUUUUGAGGGGAUUGAAUAAUUUGUUUCCCCCUGUGCGGGCUUUGGUCCCUCAGUGGUCGUUGCCCCUGGUUCUGACUCGUUUGAUGUCUAAGCCGUUUGAACCCUUGGCUUCCUGUCCACUUCGUUUUUUGUCCAUGAAAGUGGCCUUUUUGGUUGCGGCUACUUCAGCCAGGAGGGUUGGGGAGCUAGCAGCGUUAUCUUGCGAGCCCCCUUAUUUGAAAUUUCACCCUGAGAAGGUCGUUCUUCGUACAAAGGUUGAGUUUUUACCUAAAGUAGUAUCCCGUUUUCAUUUAUCUCAGGAAUUGGUUCUGCCGGUUUUCUUUCCGACUCCGGCUUCUGAGGCAGAGGCGGCCCUUCAUUCUUUGGAUGUUCGCAGGGCCAUUUUAUUUUAUUUAGAUAGGGUAAAACCAUUUAGGAUUGACUCUAAUUUGUUUAUUUGUUUUGCUGGACCGAAGAAGGGUACCCGGGCUUCGGCUCAGACUAUCUCUAGAUGGGUGGUCCAGGCUAUACUGACCUGUUAUUCUGCUGCUAACUUACCUUGUCCUUUGCAAGUGCAUGCCCACUCCACCAGGUCCCAGGCGUCGUCAGCGGCUCUCUUCAGAGGUGUUCCACUCCAGGACAUCUGCAGGGCGGCGACGUGGGCCUCGGCGGAUACCUUUGUGAAGCAUUAUGCGCUGGACAUCCUAGAUAGAAAGGAGACAGCGGUGGGCACAGCAGUUCUGCACUCCAUCUUUGAGUGAUGCUUUGGCGUCACCUCCACCCAGGGGGCGGCGAAAGAGGAACUGAGGGUAU